AUGUCGCAGGAAAACGAUAUUAGCUUCUGGCGCACAAAUACGAGUCUCACAUUCCGAAUGGGCGAGGGUUUAGACCUCGACUUAUUGAACGAAGAUCGCUCUGUGAUACAUACUGGGAGACUAUUGGAGCGUUCCGACGCGGGCCUUGGAUCGGGUCUAUGGACAGAAGUCUUUGUUCUGGUCCUUGACAAUUACCUCAUCGUCGCACAACGCGAAGAGAACAACGGAGUUGGGCGAUAUCGUGUCCUCAGACAACCUAUUGCUCUAGAGCUGGUCUCAGUAAUGGGCUCUGCUGAUUCUCCCGUCCAGCGCCGCAACAGCGUUUUUCGGCGCGCCUCUGCUCAGCGUGGCAAUCGCACGUUCACACUGCGUGCCGGGUUUCCAAUCAUGAGCACGUCUACGGAGCCUUCCCCUGUCUAUGCCUUCACUAUUCGCCAUUCAGGCAAGCACGGCGGAUUCGUGACGUUGUGCGCUGAAACACCCCACAUACGCAACGAGUGGAGAUUGAAACUGGAAGAGGCCUCACGUUCACGGAAAUCAGCGCAGGUAUUGAGAAAGAUUCUUGACGUCAGUGUCUUUGCCAUAGAUGUGUCUCAUCUAUCAAGCAUCAGUGCGCCUGCACAUAGUGAGCGUAAUACUACGUUCAACGCAAGGAUGACUUGUUCUAUCCCGUUCACUACGGCAGAUGGUCGAGACCUUGUUGCGAUUGGGUGUGAGGCAGGUGUGUGGUUUGGUCUCCGACACGAUCCACAGCCAUUUCACCGCAUGCUGAACUUGAAGAUGGUCAGUCAAUGUGCGAUACUUGAAGAGUAUGGUAUUUUCCUAGUGCUCGCGGAUAAGUCCUUGUACGCGUAUGAUCUGGAGGCAUUGGUGCCAUCAUCAAGGAGAUCUGCACCAGCGGCGCGCAAGACACCUCAGAGAUUGAGUGGCAAAGGUGAUGUCGCCUUCUUCAGGGUGGGUAAUGUCAAUGGUACUACCUUGGUUAUUUACGCCAAAUGGAAACGGAACGAGACCACAUUUCGUGCCCUCGAACCGGAUAUAAGUAAAAGGACUGAGAAAACACCUACACUGGCUGAGCUCGGGCUCAAAGAAUGGUUCAAGAUUCACACAAAUUUCUACAUUCCGUGUGAAUGCUUCGAUGUGAUCUUCCUCCGGAGGAAGAUUGCCAUACCUUGUGUUGAGGGGUUUGUAAUCAUGAUGAUAUCUGACCCCUACAGCGUGAUGUUACCACACUCGGAUGAUCGCACUUAUAAACCUUUGUUAGAGAGAUGCAGAUCCUCUAGGCCUCGAGGGAUGUUCCGCGUGAGCUCGGAGGAGUUUCUGUUAUGCUAUGACAAUUUUGGACUUUACGUGGAUGAACACGGAGACCCGAGCAGACCAUCAAUCAUGAUCGAAUGGGAAGGGACAGCAGAGUGCGCCGCCCAUCUUCCACCGUACAUCCUACUUUUCAAUACCAACUUCAUCGAGGUUCGGCAUCUCCAAACUGGCUGUCUUGCGCAGAUACUUCCCGGUGAUGGCCUCCGAUGCCUAUGCGAUGGACGAGACCGUAUCGCGAGUUAUCGCGGUGGGAUGCCUCCGCCACCGUGCGUCCAUGGAGUAAUGAACUCCGAACCUGAUAUCAUUGUGCGCUCUGGGGUGGAAGAACGGCCCACUGCAUUGCGUGUGUUUGAUUUGAUUCCCAUCGUAUCAGUAUAG